AUGAAGAAUCAAGUUCCAGAUUUCUGUGUUUUCAUUCUUUGUGUUCUUUCCGGAACAGUUUUAGCCAAAGUGGACCAUUUUUACAAAGCCUGCAGUGUGCGCGAAACUUGUGGCGAUGGACAAACGAUAACCUUCCCAUUUUAUAUCCGGGAAAAACAACAACCCUUCUGUGGCUAUCCUGGAUUUGAAAUCUCCUGCAAUAGCAACGGAAACCCAGUUCUGAACUUAAACAAUAUCGACUACAUUAUCCACGAAAUCUCCUACAACAACCAGUCUGUUCGCGUGUCAAACGCCGCAGUUUCUGAAACAAAUAACUCUAACGCUUCUUGUAUAGAUCUCUCCAGUCACCGAAUCCAAAACUUGUCUCUUCCUGAGGACCGCUUUGCGCUUCUUUCUUACCAAAGUGAACUCGUUUUGCUAUACAAUUGCAACUCUUCAUUGCCUGGGGAACUUUUACGGUACAGAGAUGGUAUAUGUGAAGUUAAGAACAAAACUGCAGGAACAGUUUUGGCGCUGGUUAGCAAUGAUGCUAACCUGGUAAAUGCUUCCAGGGAAUGUAGCGGUGACCUGGUGGUGGCUCCGGUGGACGUGUAUGCCGGAAACGGCGGUGGUUUUGGGAUUGGAGAGGUGAUAAAAAGUGGGUUUUUGCUUAACUGGACAGCAAGUAAUUUUAGUGUCUGUGAAGAAAGUGGUGGCAGGUGUGGGUUCGAUGCUUCCACUUAUCAUUUCAAGUGUUUCUGCACGGAUAGGCCUCAUGCUCAGCAGUGUGAUCCAGUCAAAGCUAAUGGCCUUAUCACAAAAGUUGCUAUAGGUAAUACAGCCUUCAACUCCUCCUCCUAA